AUGUCGGGUACGACCACACCUGCACCAGGUACACCUGGCCGUCAGCCCGCUACGGGUAACCGAAAUGAGUGUUGGGCGGUAAACGGAUACCCGAGUGUACGUAAAUGUUCACCUAACAAGCAAAACUGGAGUGAAAUCUCGCGUUUGGCUUGA